AUGAAGUGGAUCAUUCCACUUUGUCUCGGCCUUCGCUGGGCAUCACUUGCUGCCGGUCAGGCUUCCCCAUCGCCUACCGUCGGUAGAGUCAUCAUCGAGUACCAGCCAUUUGAGAUUCAAUGCUCUGGAAAUAUAACCGUAUCAACCAGUGCUAGGACUUGGACUGAAUGGCAAAUCACGACAAACAUUGUCCACGAUGGUACACUCACCUCAAGGGCAACGAUAACUGUCUCCGCCUCCGGAGAUGGAGCGAGUAAUUCUGCCGUUCCACCAAUUGAGACUCAUAGCUGGGAGGGCAUAUCUGCUUCAGCUGCUUCUGGCAGUAGUCCUGGCGUCAUUGGGGUUCCUGGACCUGGCACAAUCAUCAUCACGUCUACGGGAACUCGAUCAGGAGCAACGACGGUCCAACCAGGAAGCCCAGGAGACCCAAUCACUGUCAUUACUUUUGUUCAGCCUUCUGGGAGUUCAUUGCCCGCGGUGACUUCUGUUGGCACCCGUACUGGCCUAAGCACGAAUCCUCCCGGUCCGAGCGGAGGACCUUCGACCAUCAUCGCCUCGGUAUCAGGCAGCCCACCAACUAUACCUCCACCUGUCAUCCUGACGUCUCUUGCAUCGACCACUGGUCUCACGACUCUUCCCCCUGGUCCUGAUGGCGGACCUUCAACCAUCAUCACUUUUGUGGCAACCAACCCGCCUUCCUUACCACCCAUUAUCAUCACUUCCAGUGCUUCUACCACUGGUUUGACGACCAUACCUCCUGGCCCGAAUGAAGGCCCACCUACCAUCGUCACCUUUAUCAUCGAACCACCCAGCCCAGUGACCCUGACAUCUUUGGCAUCGACAACAGGCUUGACUACGCUUCCUCCCGGCGAGAAUGGCGGCCCGCCUACCAUUGUUACUUUCAUCACAACAGUAUUCCCUCCGGUUCCGGCCACGCUUACCUCUGUUGCGACUACAACUGGCCUGACGACUAUUCCCCCUGGUCCCGAGGGUGGCCCGCCCACUAUCAUCACCUACAUCACGAGCCCCCCGCCAGUCACUCUGACAUCCAUUGCAUCAAGUACUGGAUUGACUACUAUACCGCCUGGCCCCGGCGGUGGACCUCCGACCAUUAUUACCUUCAUCACCACUCCACUGGCUACACCACCAGUCACGCUGACCCAGACUGCAAGCACCACGGGGCUGACUACGAUUCCCCCUGGACCAACCGGAGGGCCUUCCACAAUUAUCACUUUCGUGACCGGGCCUCCACCAGUCACGCUGACGUCUUUUGGCAGUUCGACUGGUCUAACUACACUUCCGCCUGGGACUGAUGGGGGACCUCCUACUGUUGUCACUUACCUGACAAGUCCUCCCCCGGUAACGCUCACCUCUACCGCCAGCACAACGGGUUUGACCACUCUUCCUGGGGGCCCCGGCGACCCUCCUACAGUCAUCACAUAUAUGACAGGCCCCCCACCAGUUACCUUAACCUCCACCGCCAGCACUACCGGCCUGACGACGAUUCCUCCUGGAAGCCCUGAUGGUCCACCCACGGUCGUUACCUACGUGACUGGGCCUCCGCCCGUCACUCUUACAUCUACUGAUAGUACAACUGGCUUAACCACCUUGCCCGGAGGUCCGGGGGGGCCGCCUACAAUUGUGACCUUUGUUACAGGUCCCCCUCCGGUCACUGUCACCUCAACUGCGAGCACUACUGGCUUGACGACUCUUCCUGGAGGACCUGGCGGACCGCCUACGGUUGUGACCUUCGCUACAGGCCCUCCGCCGGUGACUCUGACAUCUACAGCGAGCACGACCGGCUUGACGACCUUGCCUCCAGGCUCCGAAGGAGGUAUUACAACUGUGAUCACAUUUGUCACUGGUCCUCCACCGGUAACGCUCACAUCCACGGGAUCUUCUACAGGUUUGACAACUCUUCCGCCUGGCCCUAGCGGUGGUCCUCCUACCAUUGUUACAUUCGUCACUGGCCCGCCUCCAGUUACUGUUACAUCAACUGCUAGCACCACUGGACUUACCACCCUCCCGCCAGGUCCCGACGGGGCGCCUUCGACUGUAGUGACUUUUGUCCCACCUCGUACUGGCUUCGUAAGAACUUUGACGUCUACCGCCUCUCAGACCGGUGUUACAACCAUUCCUCCCUCAGAUCCCUUCGGGACCACUACCGUUAUCACGUUCGUGCCUCCCCCCACUGGAUUUAUCACAACUCUUACUUCCACGGCUACCCGAACGGGAGUGACAACGAUUAUCCCGAGUGAUCCAGCUGGCACAACUAGCAUUAUUACAUUUGUACCUCCUCCGACAGGUUUCCUUACAACCCUCACAUCGACUGCCACUCAGACAGGAGCAACUACAAUAUUUCCAUCCGACCCUGCUGGAACUACGAGUGUCAUUACUUUUGUACCGCAUCCUACCGGAUUCUUGACAACUUUGACAUCGACGGCCACUCGCACAGGAGUAACGACAAUCAUCCCAAGUGACCCCGCAGGCACUACGAGUAUCAUAACCUUUGUUCCUCCUCCUACUGGUUUCCUGACAACUCUUACUUCAACCGCCACCCAAACGGGAGUAACAACAAUUGUACCAUCUGAUCCUGCAGGCACCACCAGCAUCAUCACGUUUGUGCCCCCUCCCACCGGAUUCUUGACAACCCUUACCUCCACGGCCACGCAAACGGGCCUGACAACGAUCAUUCCGAGUGACCCAGCUGGGACAACAAGUGUUAUUACCUUCGUCACGCCGAGCAGCACAAGCACCUCAUCGAGCUCAAGCACCAGCCCCGUACCUUCCGGUGCUUGCGCUACGCCGCCGGUGGACUGUGCUGCCUCUGGACUGACUCUCAGAGCUUAUGCCAACUCUGUUCAAGUUGCCAGUGGGUAUGGAGUUUCCGAUGGUCGUUCGGGAGUUGGACCUGAUUAUUACCUGUCUCAAGCCCCCCUCGCUCAGGGCAGUACAAAUUCGCUCGGAGUUCCUUUCCAGGGAUCAGCUGGUUCUACCGCAACACCAUACAACCCACAGACACCAGGGUCGUCGGCAACCUUCCAGUACUACGACGGCUUGACCCAAACUUACGGAGGGAUCACGUACAACGCAAAUAACUUCACCCUCGUCUUUACUGGCUAUUUCCGCCCCGAUCAGACUGGUACCUACAUAUUCUGCUACGCGCCUAACGCCGACAAUCGUGAUGUCCUGUAUCUCGGCAGCGCCAGCGCGUUCCCUUGUGGCCAGCCUUCUAAUGCAGCAACUCCUCGGGGAGCCACUCCACUGGCACAAUACUGGUUCGCAGCAGCAUCUGGUAACACGGGCUGUGCAAGCAUCAACCUUAUUGCCGGAUAUUUCUACCCAAUUCGAUCAGUCUUUGGAAACUGGGGGACUCCGUCGUCACUUUCCCUUGUGUUUUCAGGACCUGGACGAACAACGAAUUCCUCCGAUAUCUCGGGGCUUGCCUAUCCUGAAUCAUGCUCAACUGCCAUUCCAACCGCCUCUCCCACUUCCAGCACCAGCUCGUCUAUCACCACAGGUUCCUCGUCAACUUCGGCUCCUGUUACUGGCUUCCGGACCACCAUCACAUCGACCGGUACGCAGACGGGACUGACAACGAUAAUUCCUACCAACCCGGCUGGCACAACUAGCGUGAUCACUUUUGUGACACCAUCAUCCUCUUCCACGUCAACUUCAACUUCGUCUUCGUCCUCCACUAGUCCGACCGCAAGCUGUACCCCUGGGCUACUCUGGGCUUACUACGGUCUUGCGCAAGCUCCAACGGAGACUGCUAGUAGCUCCGGAAAUAUCCCUUUUCACGGUAACGGCGCUGAUGGUCAAGCAAAUUGGAAGACGACUUAUUUCAACAUUAACACCGUGCUCUCUGGACAGAGUCCUGAUAACACGGGUCGGACAACAACCAUCGGUCUUGCGCAGCAAUGCGCCACCACGACUCGGACCGUCUAUGGAACCACGACGAGUGGGCAGUCCCAAUACAUGAUUGUUCAACACAUUGGAUACUUCCAUCCGGCCACUUCUGGCACGUACACUUUCAGCUUCAGUAAUGUUGAUGAUGGUGUCUAUCUGUGGUUAGGCAAUAACGCUAAGACCGGCUUCACGAAUGCCAAUGCCAACAAAAAUGUCGACUACUACGAUACGAGUAGCGCCGGCACCUACACGUUCACUGCGACGGCCGGCCAAUACUAUCCAAUUCGACUAUUAUUUGUCAAUGCGCAACAGUGCGGCAGCUUCACUUUCUCGCUCACUGACCCGGCCGGAGGUGUUGUUGUCUCGAACUCUCAAGCCGUAGUUGGUGAUCAACUCGUAGCCAGUUGCCCCAACGACGCGAACGCAGCGCCUUUCGGUUUCUAG